CAACAUCAAAAGAGAGCAGUGCGUGUGUGAGUCAACUACACACACACACACACACACACACACACACACACAUGCACGCGGAACGAGCUGAAAUGAUGAAAGUUUGAGGAUUUCAUGGAGGAGAAACACAGGAGGAAAAACAUGGACAAGGCUCUGAUGCAGCAUCUGCUCAGCUCGAAGAAAAGUGCGAGGAUCCACCCGACUGCGUUGACAGUGAAAUACGGCUCCCAUUUCUCUCAGCAUGGAGAUGAGAGCUAUGAUGUUGCACGAUCCUCUGAGGAUUUUGGUGCCGUUAUGGCAGAGACAUCAGACAGGAAGCAGUUGAGUGGCAGUAAAACACACAAGACAGUGUUUAACCUUCAGUCUGAAUCGACAUCAAGAGUUUCUAAAGGGGUCAGAGGUCAGCUGCAGAGCUUCAGUGAAGCGAGUGUCCUGUCGUCACGUGUGAUGUGGGCGGUGCUAUGUGGUGCAGCACUGGCUCAUGGCUGUAUCUCGCUCCUGACACGUUUAGCUGCAGAUUUAUCCCACAUCCCAUCGCUCGAGCUUCUCUUUGUCCGCUCUGUCCUCCAGGUCCUGUCCAUUGCUGUCGUUCUUUACCACAAGGAGGCGCCGUUCGGGCCACGAGGCUGCAGGCUGCAUCUAUUCUCCUAUGGAAUAUUUAAUGUCAUCUCCAUCUCCUGUGCAUACACCUCCUUUGCACUAGUUCCUCCUGCCAACGGCGCUAUCGUGUGGCGAGCGAGUGUGACAGUGUUCAGUGCCGUCCUGUCCUUUCUGCUCGUCGAUGAGAGGCUCAGUGUGACAGACAUUAUCUCUGUCUCCUGCAGCGUCUUUGGGCUCGGCCUCAUCCUAAUCCCCAACCUCGCUAGUGAGGAAAAGCUGCUCGGGUUCUGGAAGGAGGCAUUUGGUUACGUACUGAUGGUUUUGGCGGGAGUGAUGGCAGCGCUCUCCAUGAUUUUGUACAGAUGUGUGAAGCAGCAGGUGAGCGUGUGGACAGCAUUGUUUACUUUUGGAUGGAUGGGUUUUCUCUGGUCCUGCUGCUCCAUGUUCCUCCUGCAAGAACCAGUCAUUCCUCAUGAUGCAGAAACCUGGAUCUUCCUCAUAUCCAUCUGCUUCUGCUCCACCAUCGCCUUCCUGGGGGUUUAUUACGGCCUGCAACGCCUCCACCCCGCGCUAGUCAGCACGGUGCAGCACCUGGAGCUUGUGGUGGCGAUGAUCCUACAGCUGCUCGUGCUGCGCAUUCUCCCCUCUGCCUGUGAUGUCACCGGCGCCGUCGUCAUCAUCGUCAGCGUCCUCGUCCUUGGCAUCGUCGAAGUCCUCCGUGGUGGAAAGCACGGGACGGAGGAAUACGAAGAAAUCCUGGACUCGUCCAUAAAAUAAGACAGAGGACUGAGCACGAGAGAUGGAGAGAGUAACGAUUUAUAAUGCGUCGUGUGAUCUUAUAAAAUUAGAAUAUUAGUUAUCCUCAUAUAACAAACUUUUUUUUUCAAGUUAUGAAUUAUUUAUUGUGUGUAAUAAACAAAGAAUUAAAUUCCAGCAUUAAAAGCAUUCAACAUAAUAGAAAUCAUUUGUAUACUAUGAAUAUUUAUUAUAUGCAAAU